AGACAGAUUGAUAGAUCUCUAUUUUGUUUGUGUCUUGAUGUGAUGGACGGUCAUGAAGAUGAAAAGUCUUGUCUGCUGAGAUGUCUGGCAGGAAAUGCAUAUAAUCGUUGGUUUGACAAGUCUCUUUCUGUUAUUGUUAAUAAUGAUUGUGUGUCGGCUGUCAAUUUUGAACAUUCUUGGGGCGAUGGAAUUUCAGUUUUGCGUUUUAUUAACGAAAUUUCUGACAAAAUUAACAGGAAUAAUUCUGUUUUUGAAGAAUUUAAUUUUGACUCAAAAUCAAUUUCUCAAAUUGAAAAUGCCAGAAUUAAGCACGAAACUAAACUGAAUUCUCUGAAUAUUGAAAUUAUACAAGAAAACAGAAUAAAUAAGAAUAUAAUCAAAAAACACAAAUUAGGCCCAGAUGCAGUCAUCCAAAUUCUCCUCCAAGUGGCUUAUCGACGGGCAUUUGAGACCAAUGUCGCCACAUAUGAGUCUUGUUCUACUGCAGCGUUCAAAUGUGGGAGAACUGAGACUAUUCGUCCUACCACAAAUUUUGCGAUUGAGAUUGCCAAAAUGAUGUCAAAAAGAUCGAAUGUUCAGAAAAAGUCUGAACUUCGAGAAUUAUUUAUAAAAGCAAGUGACGCUCAUUCUCUGUUAGUCAAAGAUGCUGCUACGGGUUGAGGAUAUGUAAUAUUUUAAGGAAAAGGAUUUGACCGACAUUUAUUUGCUCUUCGGUGUAUUGCGGAAGAGUCUAAUAUAACUAAUUUGGAAAUAUUCCAGGAUGAUAAUUACAAAUUUAUGAAUCAUUUUGUACUUUCUGGAUCAACUUUGUCAGGUCCUGCAAUUAAAUUCGGUGGAUUUGGCCCGGUUGUUGACGAUGGAUAUGCCUUUGGGUAUCAAAUAUCGAAUGAUAUGUUCAAAAGCAGCAUUGGUGGGUAUGAUUCAUUAAAGGUUGGGAAACUUUCUGGGGCAUUGGAGGACAGCUGGUCGGAUUUUGUAGAGCUUAUUAGUUAACUAACUAUUUAAACAAAAUUAACACAGUAAAACAU